AUGGCCCAUGACACGCCCGGGCCGACCCAAGUACCUCUGAUCGGACGGAUUCACACCAAAGGCGUCAUGAAGGUCGAAACAUGCUCUUUCUCCGGAUACAAGAUUUACCCAUCAAAAGGUAAACUCUAUGUCCAAAAAGACUCGAAAGUUUACCGUUUUAUUCGGUCUAAGGAGGAAAGCCUUCACCUUCACCGCAAGAACCCCCGAAAGCUAUCAUGGACCGUUGUCUUCCGAAGAGUCCGACGCAAGGGUGUGACUGAGGAAGUGGCCAAGAAGAGGUCCAAGAAGUCCAUCAAAGCUCAGCGAGGAAUCGUUGGUGCCGAUCUUGCUACCAUUCUUGCCCGACGAAACCAAAAGCCUGAGGUCCGAACUGCCCAAAGGGAAGAGGCUAUCCGAAAAGCCAAGGAAGAGAAAAAGAAGAAAGCGGAGGCUGCCAAGAAAUCGGCCGUCAAAGCCCCCAUGGGCAAAUCAACUGCUCCCAAGGUAUCUAAACAACAAGCCAAAGGAGCCAAGCCUGCCAACCGAUGA